CGUCGCCGUGUCGCACUCGCACCCCCACCAGUCCACCACGUCUCUUUCGGAGCCGUCAACUCUGCCCACUGCUCUCCCUCGUUCCUGAUCUCUCUCCCCUUCCCGUCCCCGCUUGCUCCUCCUGCUCCUGCCGAUCGCUCAUGGAUUCCAAGCCCCAAGCCCCGCCGUCGGAGGGCGCGGCGUACCCGCGCAUGUCCCCGGAGGACCUCGCGCCGCCGCCGCCGCCGGUCGUGGCGCCCGCGGGCUCCAACCCCUACGUGCUGUCCUCGCCCUCCUCCGGACCGCCCGCCAAGAGCACCAAGGAGAAUCUGAGGGAGAUGUUCGGCUCGGUGGGGAAGAGGUUCAGCGAGGCCGCGCGCAAGACCGAGGGCAUCGCCGGCGACGUCUGGCAGCACUUGAAAACUGGGCCUAGCAUUACGGAUGCUGCAAUGGGGAGGAUCGCUCAGGUAUCCAAGGUCAUAUCGGAAGGGGGAUACGACAAGAUAUUCCAGCAGACGUUUGAGUGCUUGCCUGACGAGAAGCUCAAGAAGGCGUACGCGUGCUACCUCUCGACCUCUCAUGGUCCGAUAAUGGGCGUCUUAUACGUCUCCACCGCCAAGCUUGCAUUCUGUAGUGACAGCCCCGUGGCAUAUGUCACUGAGGAUAAUCAGACCGCGUCAGCCAUUUACAAGAUAGUUGUACCUGUACCUCACCUGAGAUCAGUCACUCCUACCGCAAGUCAACAGAACCCUGCGGAGAGGUACAUCCAGGUCGUUUCUGUCGAUAACCAUGACUUCUGGUUCAUGGGCUUCGUGAACUAUGACAGCGCUGUGAAGUGUCUCCAGGAUGCUGCUCGUGGUGGCGCCUAGACAUCACUUCCCCGUCGCAUGUAUCCGUUGUGAUGGCCCAUGUUGAUGUCUAUAGACCAUUCUUGUGUAUUUUGGUUCAAAUUUCUGGCUUAAAUAAGCAGUGCAUUCAUGUAUCAGUAUUCAGUAGUGUGGAUACUUUUCUGGCCCAAGUGUGUUGUAAAUAUCAGAGGAAUCUUAAGCUUUGUUUGCUGCCCUCAUUCUUGCACUGCAAAUUAUGUGUAUUAUGAGCCAAA